GACGUCAGUACCUUGCGCCGAAUGUUUACGUGGAGAUGGGAAAGAGUUGCGGCUGCUUAUAGUAACACUGCGUAUUGCUGUGUCUGUGCACAGGGGCAGGCAUGGAGGAAGAAGACCAGGAGAGAAGAAGGAAGCUUGAGGCUGGCAAGGCCAAGCUUGCACAGUUCAGGCAACGUAAAGGCCAAACCGAAAGCCAGAACGCAACAAAGAAGUCUAAGAAAAAGAAGAGUUCUUCAAGCUUAAAACCACGUGACCAGUCAGAGAAUGCAACAGAAGGCAACUUAUCCCAGAGUGAUGAGGCCCAUCCUCUCAGCACUCCAAGCGAGGCAGCUACCACUACUGAAUUCACUAUCAUGAGAACUGUGCCCCAGGGUGAAAUUAUUAAACAUGACCAGACCUAUAAUGUAGAACCUGAAAGUGAAAUUUCAACUACAGCUGAUGAUUAUAGCUCUGAGGUGACUGGCAACAGUUUUCUGCUGAGCAUAAACAGUUCAUCAGACCAUAAGAGGGAGGAAGAAUUUGGAGUUCGAGAGACAUACUCUGAGCACGGAACACAGAGCUCUCCAACACGGCUGGAGGUGAUGGAAGAUGAAUUGCCUGGAAGGCAUCAAGAAAUUGAUGAGCUGAACAGAGAACUGGAAGAAAUGAGAGCAGCCUAUGGCACAGAAGGAUUUCAACAGCUUCAAGAGUUUGAAUCGGCAAUAAAACAAAGAGAUGACAUCAUUACACAACUUACAACAAACCUCCAACUUGCCAGGAAAGAGAAGGAUGAAAUAAUGAGAGAAUUUCUUGAGCUCACUGAACAAAGCCAGAAAUUGAAGAUCCAGUUUCAACACCUGCAGGCCAGUGAAUCGUUAAGAAGCACCAGCCAUACUAGUACAGCUACUGACCUCCUGCACUCCAAGCAGCAGAUAUUUACUUAUCAGCAACAGCUAGAGGAGCAGGAGAUUCAGCUGAAGCACUUUCAGAAACAAAAUGAAGACUACCAAACUCAGAUUGGAUCUCUGCAGGAGAAGAUCCAAAGCCUUGAACAGGUGUAUCAGAGCAAAUUUGAAGUUACUUAUGAAGGAAAAUUACACGAAAAAGAUGUAACUAUUGAUGACUUGAAAACAGCACUAAAUAAUGAAGAAAGCAUUUCAUUUCGGCUAAAGGAAAAAAAUGGUGUAGCUGAAAAAUUAAUAGAGGAUUUGAGAGAACAGUUAACACUAAAGAACAGUGAAAUAAAUGGCCUUGCGGAUGAGCUGAGUAAUUCUAAACAAAAAGAGAGAAUGUCUUCUGAAGAAAUAAAACAGUUAAUGGGCAUUGUAGAAGACUUUCAGAAAAAGCAUUACAAAGGUACUCAGUCUGAAGCUGACCUUGUUCAAAGAAUGGAAUUAGAAACCCAAAACAAAUUGCAACAGCUUCAGGCAGAAUUAGAUGAGAUGUAUGGACAGCAGAUUGUACAGAUGAAGCAAGAGUUAAUCAGGCAGCAUACAUUAGAGAUUGAAAAGCUUAUUUUACAGCACAAAGCAGAAGUGGAAAGCAUCUCUAUUCAGACAAUAAAUAGUAUAACCAAUGAGCAAAUUGAUGUACUUCAUUCUGCAAUUAAUGAAUUAAAUAUUAAGCUGCAAGAUUCUAACGAGCAGAGAAACAAGACAGAGAAAGAGUUUUCUCAACAACUUGAGAUCGCUUCAUCUGAAAAAUCACGUCUACAACAUCAGAUUGAGGAAUUGCUUCAGGAUCUGGGCUUUGCAAGAGAACAGAUUCAAAAAGCUAAGCAGAGUAUAGCAGAAAAAGAAACCAAACUCAGUGAAACAAGUAGCUUGCAUGUUACAAUUGAAGAACUCAAAAGUCAGUUAUCGUUAGCAGCUGAAUUUACCAAAGAAUUAGAAUCAAAACAUGACUCUGAAGUCACAAAUUAUAAAAUUAAACUUGAUAUGUUAGAAAGAGAAAAAGAUGCUGUUUUGGACCGAAUGGCUGAGUCUCUAGAAGCAGAGUUAGAAAAACUUAGAACACACUUUUUGUUCAGUCAAGAAGAGGAACUCUCAAAGCUUAGAGAUGACUUAACUCUAGAGCACAGAACAAACAUUGAAAAUCUAAAAGAUAAUCUAGAUGUGCAAUAUAAAACACAGAUCGAAAGAGUAAAGAAUGACAUGAGUCAAACAAUUAAUGCUAUGCAGUCUGAGAAAGAUGACUUAAUAACCAAACAGAAUCAUUUAAUGCUGGAAAUUUCAAAGCUUAAAGACUUAUUGCAGUCCAUGAAUGACUCCAAAUCUGAAGAAAUGAUUAUCAAAAUUAAUGAGCUUCAAAAGGAAGUAGACUCUCUUAGAAAAGAUGAAAAGGAAAAGGGAACCAUAGAACAAGAAGCCCAAACGCUGCAACUCAGAAUUGAAUUGCUUGAAAAUGAAGUAAAAGAUAAAGAGACUCUUAAUCAAAGGGUUAGUGCUUUAGAAACAGACAACAGACUUCUUAAAGAUGAAAACAAUUCUUUGCACAUCAUGCUAAAAAAAGAGGCUAAAUCUGAGAAUCCAGAGUUAAAUAAAGAAGUUGAAAAACUGACCAUGGAAAAUAUGCAGCUUCGAAAUCUAGAACUUCAGUUAAAAGAAGAAAUAGAAAGACAGAAGAAUACAUUUUCCUUUGCAGAAAAGAAUUUUGAAGUCAACUACCAGGAAUUACAAGAGGAAAAUGCAUGCCUUUUAAAGCUAAAAGAGCAAUUAGAAGAUAAUAUAAACAAACAAGAAGAAAAAUACAAAGUGAAACUCCAUGUUCUUCAAGAAGAGCUUGCAAUAUUAAAAAACAAUUCUGCAGAAGAAAAGGUUUCACUGAAGGACUCCAAGUCUGACGCCUCCAGUAUAGCUAAACUUGUUAAAGCAGACACAUUUGAAGGAGUAGAUGUAGUUGAGAAAGAUACAACAGAACUUAUGGAAAAAUUAGAGAUUGCUCAACGUGAUAAAGAAGAAUUAGCUUUUAAAUUGUCUGAUCUCUCUGUACAGUUGCAGUUGAAGCAAACUGAAAUUAUUCAGUUAAAAGAAGAAGUGAAAUGCUUAUGCCAAGAAAGAGAUGAUGCUUUGUCUGGUCGCCAAAAACUGGCAGGAGUAACAAAUGUGAAGCGGAUGUCAAGUGUACAAGAUGGCCAAGAAUACUCUGUAAAUAAUGAACUUUUAAUAUCAAAUGAUAAAACACCAGAGUGGUCCAUGUCUACAGCAAAAGAAGAUUUGAAUUAUAGAGCAGAAGAGUUAUCUCCAAAUAAAACAAUGCACAGCUGUGGUUUGGAACAAGGAAUACAAAAUACAAGGGAAGACAGAGAGUUCCUUUUACAGAGAUUGAAUGAGUUAACCAUGAAAUUAGAAAAUGAAUCUGUGUGUUUGUUAAAAGCACAAAAUGAAAACACAGAUCUUCAAAGUAAACUUACUACUCUUUAUGAGAAGCAGGUUGAUACGAAACUUCAGUUGGAAGCACAACACAUUAGUCUUACACAAAUUCACAUAGCACAACUAGAAUUAAUUACCAAAAACUUUCACAGAGAAAAAGAGGAAGACAUUUGCAGCCUUAAAGAGGAGAUGCUUAAUCUUCAGGAACAGAAGAUUAAAGAUAUACUAGAAUCACAUCAUAAGGAGCUACAUGCAUUUACAUUGAAACAAACCGAACCAUCAGAAGAAAUCAAGUCAUCAAAGAUGGCAAUCUACCAGGACUCAUUAUGUAUUGGGGCUUUACAGAAACAUAUACAUGAAAUGAAAACUGUACAUGGACAUUUAACAAUGCUGCUAGAAUUUUUUUUGAAAAAACACCAGUGGAUGGUGGAUCUUCAAAGCUCUCUAGAUAAGGUUGAAGAGCUUCAAACUACCAAAGAAAACAUUGAUAUUGCUAAUGUUAGGCAUUUGCUGCUUCAUUCACAGACUACAUCUGAUGAUGUUCAAGAACCACUGUCCGGCACACAAUUUCUAUCAGACGAGAUUGAGAAACUUAAGAUCGAGUUCAGCCAGCAAAGAACACAGCUUGAACAAAAACAUUCACAAGAAAUUGAACACUUAAGAUUCUACUUCCAGCAACAGUUAAAGGAAAAGGAAGAACGAUACACUACAGAGAUAAUUCAUUUACAAGGACAACUUCAGAAUGUCAGUGACAGCUCUCCACAAUUUAGUGAUUUGUCUGAAAGUCAAUCAGAAGUGAGUUUACAAGAAUCUGACAUUUUAAAUGCUGUGUAUGAGCCAGUUGCUGAUAUUUCAAAGAUGAAUGAGUCUGCAGUAAAAGAAGAUAAACCUAUAAAUAAAUGCAGUGGCAUUAUUUAUCAGCAGUUGCAAAAUUUGAGACAAGCUUUAAGCGCAAAGUAUGUAGAAGAAGUGGAGACCCUGAAAAAACAGCAUGACACGGAAAUAUUGCAACUGACAAUAGAUCUCAAAGAGAAAUAUAGUCAUGAAAAUGCGACUCUAAAGCAAGAGUUGGCAAAGACUAAGCGUGGAAAUAUGAAUGGGAGCUUCCAAGAGCAUUCGAGUUUACUCAGAGACAUUGAAGAAAAGAAACAUAUGGACAUAAAUCAGUUGCUGGAAGAACGUUAUCAUGAAAGAAUAGAGGAAGAAAUUGCACGAGUUAUUGUUGAGAUGACAAUAGCAUUUGCCCAGAAAACUGAACUUGCAAGGCUAGCUGCUAUAAAGAAUGGUGAAAUAGCCGAGCAACAAGAGGACAGGGAGAACCUUGAUACCGAGGAUUCUGAUCAUGACGGUGGCAGAUGUAUGAUUAGUGAAGAGCACCAACAUCAGCUGCAAUCAAUUGAUUUGACAUCACAAGUGGAGAUCCAGAGAGCUUUAUCAGAACAUGAUUUUAGUGGAGUAGAAUUAGUUGUCAUUCAGUCAUCAGAGACCUCAUUAAGCACAGAGAAGGAUGAUGUUCCAAGUCUAAAACAUCUAGACCAAAAUGUUCCUCAUGUGAAAACUGUUGUUCUCAAAGAAGACGACUAUAAUCAGAUGGUUGCAAUGGGUGCGGAAAGUGCAAAACUGAGGCUUUUGUAUGAGGAGCGUGUGGAAGACAUGAGGCAGGAGCUGGUGAGGCAGGAACAGGAAUACCAACAGGCAACUGAGGCCUUGAGACUGUCUCAUAUGUCACAGCUAGAAAGACAAAUGUACGACCAGGAGCAACUGCUUGCUGAGCUUCAUAUGCUCAGGACACAGCUAGCUGAGACUGCUUUAGUAAUUAAUGAAAACCAGGCCACAGAAAGAGAAAAAAUGCUGUUGGAAGAGUUGGAAUCACUGAAAAAGCCAUGCUGGAAGAGCACAGAGAAGCAGGAUAACGCAACCCAGACACAGCUUGCUCAGGAUGAAACUGCCACUCAGGCAGAAAGCAAAGACCUAACCUUGGAGGGUGGGCACGUUGGGGAAGGACAUGAGGAAAGCAAAGACACCCCUUCUACAGACCUCACCUCUGAAAGCUUAAAAAAAGCAAAUAAGCAGCUCCUGAAGAUUCUUUUUGAAAUAGUUAAGACAACAGGUGCAGUGGAGGAAACUAUAGGAAGACAUGUAAUUGGGCUGCUGGACAAAUCUGGGAGACAACAUUCUACAUCCAAAUUAUUUGCUUGGAGUCUAGAACCAGAAAAUCCAAAAGUAGAGCGUGUCGUUGAGAUCCCUAUUGCAGAUCAUGCUGUAGAAGUGGCUGACACUGCUACUGCUAAGGAUAAAAGCAUCUGGUCAGGGGUAGCAGAGGAGAGACUGGACCUACCACUGCCACUUACAGAUGUUGAGUUUGCUGGUUUGAAUUUAAACCCAGAAGAUGAAGCCCAAGUUCUUAACAUCAGCAUCCGUCUCCAAGCAGCUGUGGAAAAACUCUUAGAAGCCAUCAAUGAAACAAGUAAUCAGCUUGAACAUGCAAAAGCUGCACAGACAGAGCUGAUACAUGAAUCCAUCAAAAGGAAACAGGAGACUACUGAGCUGCUCAGAUGCCAGGAAGAGCUUCAGGAAAGACUCAAUGAGGAGGCCAAAGCCAAGGAACACUUGGCCCUGGAACUUAGCAAAGCAGAAGGCCUCCUCGAUGGAUAUACAGAAGAGAGAGUCUUUCUUGAAAAGCAAAUGCAGGAAAAAACAGAUCUUAUCAGGCAUCUUGAACAGGAGCUUCUAAGUACAGGUAACAGAUUACAGGAAUUUGAGCAGGAACGACAGCAAAUUCAAGAGGAAAGGGAGUUGCUCUCCCGACAGAAAAAUGCUUUAAAGGCUGAUGCAUCACCUGCUGAGCAACGCUUAGUAGAUGCUGCAGUCGAUGCAGCUCCCAAAGAAGAAUUGUUAGAGGAGACUGAGAAGCUCUUGAAUGAAAAAAUAGAGGUUCAGCGACAAGCUGAAAAGGACUCAUGUGACCUCCACAAGCACAUGAAGGUGAUAGAAGCUGAACUAGAGGAACAAAUGAAUCGAUAUCUGGAACUGGAACAGGAGAAGAAUGCACAUUUAGAAGACCUCCGACAAAAAAAUCUGGCAUUGGAGAAACAACUUGAUAAAACACGCAAGUUUUUAGAUGAGCAAGCCGUUGAUCGUGAGCAUGAAAGAGAUGUGUUUCAGCAGGAAAUACAGAAGCUUGAACUGCAGCUUAAAAUGCCACAGCGACAUCAGCCAGUCACUGAUCACCAAAACAACGAGGUUGAAAAGCUAGAAUGUAAUCUUAAGGAGAAAACAGACAAAUGCAGUGAGCUUUUGCUCUGCAAAGAGCAGCUUCAGCGUGAUGUGCAGGAAAGGAAUGAAGAGAUAGAAAAGUUGGAGUGCAGAAUCCGUGAACUGGAACAGGCCCUACUUUCAACCACCGAUAGUCCACUAAAAGUUGAAGAAAGAAAACAGUUUAUAGUCUCAGGAGUCAAAGGAGAAAUGCCUUUAGAAGAUCAACUUCAGGAGGAGCGAGAGGCAAUAGACCGAAAAGAAAAGGAGAUUACAAACCUAGAAGAACAACUGGAACAAUUCAGAGAAGAAUUGGAAAAUAAAAAUGAAGAGGUUCAGCAGCUCCAUAUGCAGCUAGAAAUCCAAAGAAAAGAAUCUGCGACCCAGCUACAAGAGCAGGAACAGCAAAUUAAAGUAUUAACGGAUGAAUUAGACAAUUUAACAGAAGAAGCUCAAGAUAACAUAUCUUUCAAUGCUGGCCAUUCCAAACCAGAGAAAUUCAAAGAACUACUGCAAGAGAAGGAUAAGGAAAUGGAUCAGCUCAAUGAACAGAUUGGAAAACUACAGGCACAGCUUUUGGCUGCAUCUGAUAACAAAGAAAUUGAAGAAAAAAAUGAGCAAAUCAAAGAAUAUAAAAUUCAGAUUAAAUGCUUAAAGAGUGAUCAAGAGCGCUUAAAAAAGAAUAGCGAGGAAGAAAUUGAAAAGCUUAAUGAAGUAAUUGAGAAACUUCAAGAGGAGCUGGCAAAUAUAGAACCAAAUGUCUCAAUGGAUUUCACCAGCAUGACAGAAGUUGCAGAAAGUAGCAAGCACCAGCUAGAAGGUAUGAUGGCAGAAAAGGAAUCAUUGCAACAGGAAGCCAACGUAAAUGAUGCAGAGGUGACGCAUGUAAUUACUGAGCUUGAAAUGACACAAGCUGAAGUUAAACAGCUGAAGAAAGAAUUAGAGAAGUUGAGAAAGGCUCACAAUAAACCUAUAGGAGAUACAACAUUAGGAACUAAGCAUGGUAAAGCCACCAUCAAUUCUGAGCAAAUAGACCAUCAAGAAAAAGUAAAGGAGGAAUUGGUUCAAUUCUCUAUACACAAUCUGGAAAAAGAGUUACAACGGCUUCAGAAAGAAGUAAAGGAUAAGGACAUAGAACUUGUGCAAUAUGCAGAGCAAAUAAAGCAGCUGAAAUCGAGAAGCCAGGAAGUAGAACAUUUGAAUGAGAUGAUAGAGAAACUGCAAAUGCAGUUGGGAAACAGUGAUCAGAUGCCAGUAGAUUUUGUCAACAGCACAGAAGGUGCAGAGAGUUCUAAACACCAACUUGAAACUGUAAUGGGAGAAAAAAUGACAGUUCAAAAGAGCGAAAUGAGUUCUACAGCGCUGAGCCUUGUAAACUCUAAGCUUGAUGCAGCCUAUGAAGACUUAGGGCUACUAAGUGAAGAGUUUGAAAACCUGAGAAAGUCUCCAGAAAACAAAAAAGGAAUAAAGUGUGAAAGUGUAAAAGUAACUAUAAUUAAUUCAGAUAAAGUAGACGUUAAGAGCUUGGGGGAGACUCCAAGAGAAAAGGGAACCGAUAUGUUAGAAAAUCAGUCCCUGCUUUCAUCAGUGCAAGAGGCCAUGCAAAGCACUAUACAAAAUAUUGAGUUACAGUUACUAGACAGUCAGAAAGUUAUUCAGGAUAAGGAUUUAACAUUGCUGCAGUAUUCAGCUGAAAUACAAUUGCUCAAAACUCAGGUUGAAGAAACAGAACAUCUGAAUGAAGUGAUAAGUGCACUUCAUAAGGAACUGGAAGAUAUUAAGAAGAAUAUUGCUGUAGGAUUUGACAGUAGGGAAGAUUACCAUAAAAAUGGCAAACAUAAUUUAGGUGCUGGCAUGACUGAAAAUGUGGUAUUACAUCAUAAGUUAGAAAUAAACAACAGUGAUAUGACCCAUUCAACAACAGAACUGGAAAAUACAGAAACAGAAAUUAAUAUACUGAAGCAGGACUUGAAGAUACCUAAAACAUACAGUGAAAGUAGUAAUGUGUGUGAAAGCAAUGAGGAGAUGGUCAUAGGAGAAAAAACAUCUGACAUCCAAAAGUUGGAAGAGGCUUUAACAGAAAAGACAGCUGAACUUUUGGCAAACCAAACCUUGCUUUCUUCUGUACAGGAGGCUAUGAAGAGCACUGUAGAAAACUUAAAGUCUCAAUUGCAUGAGUGCCAAAAUGUUGUUAAAGAAAAGGAAUUACAAUUGUUGCAAUACAUGUCUCAAGCAGAGCUGCUCAAUGAGAAAACACAUGAAGUAGAACAGCUGAAUGGGGUUAUAGACUCUUUGGAGCAAAGGUUGGCAACUAUAGAGGAGAGGGUUUCUGUGGAAUGCUUAAGUGGACAGAGCAAUCAAGAAGGUGCCAAGAUGGCUGAUGAUGAAUCCUCACAGUUGAAAAUUGAAGUAAAUGUUACAGAUCCAAAUGUUGCAGACAGACAGUCAAAUGUAAAAUCACAAGAUCCAGAAAGCUGUACUAAUUAUGAUGUGUUAAAGGAAACCCUCAGAGAAAAGACUGCACAGCUUCUAGCAACUCAAGCUUUGCUCACAUCUUUACAGGACACCUCACAGCAUACAGUACAAAAUAUGGAAGCUCAGUUGCAGGAACAUCAGAACAUUAUUAAAGAAAAGGAUUUAGAACUGUUGCAGUAUUUACAUGAAAUAGAGUUACUCAAAAAACAGGCAGACUCUGAACAUGAUAAACAUGGUGAAAUCAUAUCUGCCAUGGAGGAUAAACUCAGGGAAAAAGUGGCAUCAGCUCUUGUAAGUGAGGCCCAAAUGAAAGCCAUUCAAGUUCAGAGUAAACUUAUGCAUAAGACCGAGGAGGUGUGCAUCCUAGCAGAUGGGUCAGUAGCGACACAGACAGACCUCUCCAAAUCUAUAGGAGAGGAAGAAGUAGAGUCAAAGUUAUCAGUAUUAUCUUUGAGACUGUUGCAGCUGGAGAAGCAACUAGCUGACCUCCACGAGCAACUACAGCUAGAGAAGGAGCAUGUUACCACCUCUAAUCAGCAGGCUGCUGAGAAAGAAAACAAAUUACGUGAGCUGCAGCAUAUAUUGGAGAACAUGAAAGAAAGUCAGGAUAAAAACUUUAUAGAAAGCCAAUCAGAAGACACUCUGACCUCCGCAUCACAGGAACUUUUCAGACCGUCUCAGAGUGUUGAGGAUCUAGAACAAGAGCUUCAAAGAAUUAAAGCAGAGGCAGUAACUACCAAAGAAGAGUUGUGUCACUUCAGAGAAGUUUCGGAAAAGCUUAAAGAGGAAUUGAUGCUAAAGGAAACAAACGUGGCCCACUUACAAGAAGAGUUACAACAUGUGAAGCAGUGUCUCACACAAGCUGAAGAGAAACUAGCACAUUAUAUGGAGGAGCAAGGAAUCAAAGAGAAUUUAGCAAUUGGUGUCGCAGACAGUGUGGAUAGCCAGGAGCAGACCGAUUUUGAUAGGAAAACCUCCUCAUCUCAGACUGACAGGACCUUGAGUGUUAAUAAUAGUAAUCAAACACCACCUGUCCAUCUCAAAGACAUUGGAGUCCAGAACGAGUUUGUGGCUGCUGAUGGGAGCAGCACCUCAGAUGAAGUUACGCAAAUAAUGGAACAGUUCACAGAAAAGAUUGGUCAGAUGCAGGACCUCCAUGCUGCAGAAAUACUAGAUAUGGAAGCAAGGCACAUUUCUGAAGCAGACUCCUUGAGGAGAGAGCAGUAUGUCGCAGUUCGGGCUUUAACCGAGGAAUGUGACGCUUUAAAAGCAGUGAUUGACUCUCUCAGGACUGCAGCUGGAGGCGUUAUUCCAGAUUCAGCAUUACCUGCUUCAGGCAAGUUCACAGAUACAGCUUCUAGUGAUGGAACUUCUGAGUGGAGUCAAGGCACAUAUACUGUUCAUAACUUUGAGCCAGGCCCAGAUGGAGUUCGAAGUGAUGAUGAAUUCUCAACUGACUUUAUUCCAAACAAAAUAAAGAACUUGCUACGGGCAGUUCAUCAAGAAGGUAUACAGGUUUUAACACUGACUGAACCUCAAAGCCCAGAAAAGGAAACUAAAUCUGUCACUGUGAGUCAAAAUCCUUGGCUGAAAGAAAGAAAAUCUUUUCUUGAAACUAUUUCAUCUCUAAAAGCCCUGAUUGGCAAACUGCAGAUUCACAAAGAGUCAGAGGGCACCGAGAAUUCUGAUAUUUAUGAAUGUAUCCCAGAUUGGCGAGGAGAACUCCUGAGAGCUGUACAGGAAGUGUUCUGCAAGGAGCAAGAUGUUUUGUUAGCAGCUUUCCACACUCAGCUGGCUGCCUCUAGUAGCUGUGAUGCGGCAGCCAUGUUAAACCAAAUGCAACUAAGUCUGCAGGAGCAGGGCAUGGAGCAGAUAAAUGCAAUGGAUUGCCUACAAAAUGCAGAUAGGCGGAGUAUGUUACUGGAACUUCGGGAUCUCCGGGAACAGCUGAUCAGCUUACAAAAUGAAGACAGUGCUAGUCCCCAAUAUCAUCAAAAAGCUGAAGAUGUAGUAAGUUACCAUCUGCAGCAAGAGAAUCCUCACCCAACUCAAGAGCUCAGUUUGCAGCUUGACAACAUGAAUGCAAAGGCUAAAGAGCUCCAGGGACAGUUACAUUCUGAGAAGGUGGUGGUUGCCGAGAUUAAGAAAGAGCUUGCACAAACCAAGGCAGAACUCGAAGCUACUCUCAAAAUACAGCACAAGCACUUUAACGAAUCGGAGACACUCAGGUUGGAAGUAACGCAGCGAACAAAUGAACUGGAUGAAGUAAAUAGCACUUUAGAAAAUGAGCAGAAAAAAAGUAGAGAAUUGCAAUGGGCCUUGGAGAAAGAAAAAGCCAAAAUUGAAAGGAGAGAGGAAAGAGAGAGAGAGGAACUAGAGGACUUGAAAAUUUUAGUUGAAGACCAAAGACUGAAAAACACAGAAGUUACUACUCGUUUAGAAGAAGAGAGACAGAAAGUGAAGGAGCUCAAUGAAAAAAUUGUAUCAUUGGAAACAGUAUAUGACACAGAGCUAUCCAAAGAGAGAAGCAAAGUGUCUGAACUUCAGACAUUCUUGGAUUUAGAAAAAUCAAGAACUAGUGAACUUAUGAAUACCAUUGAGUGUAGAAGAGAGUUGGAAACACAGAUUCAGACCAGUAAAGGGAAUGAGCAAGAAGAAGGCUACAACCCUGCUGUUGAUUUAAUCAAUGAGCUGCAAAGUCAGUUAGAUUCCAAACAUAAACGUAUAGUAGAAUUGAUGAGUGAGGUGGAAAGCUAUAAAUUAGAAUGUGCAGAUCUAAAGCAAACUAUUGAACAAGAAAGGCAAUAUCAUAAAAAGGAGUUGAAAGAAGUGAAGAAGUCUCCUCAUCAGACUGAAGAAUUAUUAAAGUCGAAGGUAGACGAUCUUCAGAGGAAGUUAGAUGAGAGGACGUUAGAGGUCCAGAUGCUACAAGCAGAUGAGGUGCAUAUGAAACAAAUCAUUCAUAAACUUCAAAACAGUGUUCAGGUGGAUGCUCCAGAAUUUUAUGCUACAAGAAGAGAGCAAGGCCAAAGUGAGGCUGGAUGGAAUUUGAUUAACGAUCAAGGAAAUAAUACUGUCCAGAACCAAAAAGGAGUUAAUGUUGAAAAAGAAUUACGCUCAUCCCCUCUGCAUGAAUUGAACGGAAACUCUGUUACACAUGAGGGUCCCUGGCAUUUAGAAAAUCUUAGAUUGAGGCUACAGCAGGUAUCUGCUAAACUUAAACAGCUGGCAGCCAAAGCAAACCAAAGGGUUCUUUUUGAGACUGCAGAUGAUGAGAAUUUUGUUUGGUCACAAAACACCCUUCAAGAGGUUGCAUCUCAGCUUGAUCAACUAGAAAUGUCAUCAGUUAGAGGAGAGAGUAUGGUUAUACCAGCUGGGACAGAUACAAACUCCCUUACUGAGAGAUUGCUAACACAAAAUGCAGAGCUUACAGGAUAUGUGAGCAGGUUAACGGAAGAAAAAAAUGAUCUGCGGAAUGCGUUGCUUAAACUAGAGGGAGAAGCCUGCCGCAACAGACAGACAGGCCCAUCAGGGGAUCACGGUUCUAGAUCUUCAUCUCACAACACAGUUAAUAUAGAUGUGCUCAUUGCAACAGAAAGGGAGUUGUGGACUAAAGAGAAACUCAGUCUUCAGAAGUCUUUGAAGCAAUCGGAAGCAGAGCUGGCUAAAUUAAAAGCUGAACUAAGAAAUGAAGACCGGCAAAGAAGUCUUGGGCGGGAGUCUGAAAACAUGGCUCUGAAGAGAAUUUAUGGUAAAUACCUGCGGUCAGAAAGCUAUAGAAAAGCCUUGGUUUACCAGAAAAAAUAUCUGCUGCUGUUACUUGGUGGAUUUCAAGAAUGUGAAGAGGCCACUCUAGCUCUGAUUGCAAGAAUGGGUGGGCAACCCUGCUACACAGAUCUGGAAAUAAUCACACAUCAUUCUCGCGCUUUCAUGCGCUUCCGCUCUGCUGUUAGGGUGUCAAUAGCAAUUUCACGGAUGAAGUUCUUAGUUCGGAGGUGGCAACGAGCUACUAGUUUUAGUCCAGGUGGUGUGAACAGGAGUGGAUUUGGGCAAAGCACAGGCAAUGAGCUGAGGACAGACUCUCCGUACCUUCCAGCUGGUAAUCUGGAGCUGUAUGGAGACCAGAGGCAUUCUUCCUCUCGAUCGAGAUCAGGUUUUGAAUCCCCUCAGUCCACUGUGAAUUCUCAUCAUAGAUACAGUGCUGUUUCUACUGAUCUAGGUCCAUGCUCUCACCUUCAGCACUAUGAUCCUGACAGAGCAUUAACAGAUUACAUAAACCGUCUAGAAGCACUGCAGAAACGACUAGGAAGUGUGCAGUCAGGAUCCAGUGCAAUUACCCCGACACACUAUGGAACAAGAAGAUAAUAUUCUUGCAAUACUUGAAUAGCCUUCUGUAAAGCUGUGCUGCUUCUUCGUUUCCGUAUUGUGACUCUUGUGGGACCAACAUCAGCCCAGUAGAACAAUCGGACACCGCUCCAUGAAUACACAUCAAGCAGUCUGGAAUUUCUGUAUAUGAUUUUUUUUUGUGUUUUGUUUCAAAUCAGCCGUUAAAUGACAUGUACAUUUUGUGCAAUUCUAAUUUAAAUGAUUAACUUAUACGUAUUUAUGAAACGGGUGAAAGAAACUUUUAUGUACUGCAGAACGAGAAGCCUUGCUUGAAGGCUGAAGUUACUGUCCUGUCCUAAUAUUUGCUACCGGCAUCGCGGAUUGAACAUAUCAUAUGUAGAGAACUAUUUUUGUAAUGGUAGAAGUUUUGAAUUUUAUGGGUAUUUUGUCAAGGUACUGAAAUAAAUUUCACCAUUUUAAAAAA